AAAACCCAUUUCUCUUUUCCAAAAAGUUCAUUACCUUAUCUUUAAUCCCAAUUCUUAGAACCCAUAAACCAAAGUAAACUUUCAAUAAAUUUGUAGACAAGAAAUCGAAUCGAAUCGAAUCGUUUUCUCCGAGAAUUCCCAUUUGUUCGAAUUCCCAUUCUCCAAUCCAAUCCAAUCACCUUCUUCAUCUUCUUCCACCCCCUUUUUUCACAUUUCUUCACAAUUUGCAUCUUUCAAUGGCGGAAGAUUUCGCCAAAGCCGUUGAUGAUGGUCUUCGCCUCUCCAAAAGACUCUACUUCGGUAAAGACCGAGCUGUUGCGCCACCCAGAUCGUUCCCCACCAUGGAUAGGAUGGAUCAUUCAUUUCUCCCUACGGCUCCCAUGGUUUAUGCUGUAAUUCAUGAUCCUGGAAUCGUUGAUAAUCCCGAUAUUCCAAGCUACCAGCCUCAUGUUCAUGGCCGCUGUGACCCACCGGCUUUGAUUCCGCUUCAGAUGAAUGCAGUUGAGCUUCAGGCUGAUUGUUAUUUGGAUAAAGCGAUUAUUCGGAUUACUGGCUCUUGGAGGGUCCAUUGCGUUAUGGGUAGCCGGAGUUGUGAUUGCCGCAUUGCAAUUCCUAUGGGGGAACAGGGUUCAGUUCUAGGUUGUGAGGUAGAUGAUCCUAGAAAAUCAUAUCGCACUUCACUUAUUGCACUUGAAGAUAAAAGUAAAAAUGCUUCGGAGAAACCGGAACGAGUAGACGGAGGUUUCCUGACUCCUAAUAUCUUUACCCUCACAAUACCACAGGUUGAUGGGGGCACCACUUUGUCUAUUACCAUGACUUGGUCUCAAAAACUACUGUUCAACUCAUCUGGCGAUCUCUGCUUGGAUGUUCCUUUUACUUUUCCUCAUUAUGUCAUUCCUGCAGGGAAGAAAAUGUCGAAAAAGGAGAAGAUAGUGUUAAAUAUAAAUGUUGGUUCCGCAGUUGAGGUUUCGUGCAAGACAACGAGUCAUCCUUUAAAGGAAUCAAUGAGAAAACCUGGAAAGCUGAGCUUUGUAUACGAAUCGGAAGUUCUCGUGUGGUCAAAAUCUAAUCUUAGCUUCUCAUAUAGUAUUUCUUCAAGUCAAAUAUCCGGUGGUAUUCUCCUACAAUCUCCUCCCGUUGAUGAUGCUGAUCAAAGAGAGAUGUUCUGCAUGUACUUGUAUCCGGGAAAGGACAAAGGAAAGGUGUUCAGAAAGAAGAUAGUGUUUGUUGUUGACGUAAGUGGAAGUAUGCAAGGCAAGGCACUUGACGAUGUGAAAAAUGUACUAUCCACAGCAUUGAGUAAGCUUCCUCCAGAAGACAUGUUUAAUAUUAUUGCUUUCAACGAGGACACUCGUCAAUUCUCAGAAUCCAUGGAGAUGGCCACCAUGGAUGCUGUUGAAAGGGCCCUUCAGUGGAUCAAGAUGAAUUUUGUUGCAAGGGGUGGCACCGAUAUUUUACUUCCAUUAACAAAGGCAACUGAGAUGCUGAAUGAUGGGGGUAAUGGAGAUUCAGUUCCUAUCAUCUUUCUUGUUACUGAUGGUGCUGUCCACAACGAGAGACAUAUUUGUGACGUGAUGCAGAAAAAUCGAACAAAAAAGCAAUCCAUUCAUCCUCGUAUAUAUACUUUUGGUAUAGGUACAUUUUGCAACCAUUAUUUUCUAAGAAUGCUUGCGAUGAUUGGUAGGGGUCAAUACGAUGCUGCUUAUGACUUGGAUUUGGUUGAACCCCAAUUGCAAAAUUUGUACAAAAGAGCUGCAUCCACUAUUUUUGUUAAUAUAGCCGUGGACACAUUUGAUGAUCUAGAUGAAGUCGAGGUUUACCCUUCCUCAAUUCCGGACCUUUCUUCUGAGAGUCCAAUGACGGUAUCUGGCAGAUACCGUGGAAAAUUUCCAGAGGUUGUCAAGGCAAGAGGCCUCUUAGCCAAUUUAGAUAACAUUGUCUUAGACCUGAAUGUACAAGAAGCAAAGGAUAUACCUAUUGACAAGUUAUUUGCUAAAGAUCAAAUUGAACAACUCACAGCUGAGGCUUGGUGUUCAGAAAAUAAACAACUGGUGGAAAUGGUCAAAAAGAUGAGCACGAAAAUGGGUGUGCUGAGUGAGUAUACUCAAAUGAUCAUAUUUCAGAAUGUAGAUAAAGUCAUUGAAUCAAUUAAAGUGCAACAGAAGAAAAACGCUUAUGAGAAAAUGGUAGCACCAAAAGGUGACAAAAUGCUGCUGUUACCACUCUUUGGUGUUGGCUUUGGAAACUUGGAAGCAACAUCUGACAACACUCCUCUCGGAAACGGCGAAAGAAAGCCCGAGGCAGCGGAAAUAUUCGCCAAAGCAGCUUCUAAUUGUUGUGGCAAACUGUGUAGCUUCUGCUGUUGCCCCUGCUGCAUAGAAGCCUGCUCUAGAAUGAAUAACCAAUGUGCAAUUUUGUUGACACAACUUUGUACCGCUUUGACCUGCUUCGGUUGUUUCGACUGCUGUCUAGAGAUGUGCUGCGACAAUCGAAGUGCCUCAUAGGUACCCCUGAAACAAAAUUAUUUAUACAAGGUUUGUUUGUUUGUUGGUCUGCA